CUCGGUUCUAGGUCGUGGGGUCCAAAAGCACGGCAGCUCUAUCUAUAAUCAGACCGAUGACGUCUACCUACAGCGAGUGGCCAAGAUCGGGCGUCCAGUAGCUCCAAUUACGAGCUUGUAUUCAUCUGUUGUCUACUCGCUUCGCGACUCCUGCAAGUUUACUUCCCCAUCGACGUCUUUAACCGACACUGAGAGACAUGGGAGAUGCAAUGAACAAUACAACCUCCAAUAGUGUCCUCGCACGUUCCUUUCCAUAAAUAAAUCGUCGUGUGACUUCUUCGUUUCCACGCUUACAUUUGGGCAAGUCGUGAUUCUUGUCGGCGGCGCUCUGAACUCUUCCAACAAAUGUUGUACACCUGCGCACCUCUUACUCCUAAGCAAACAAUAGGCUCUAUGUAUACUCGAUAUGUAGAGCAGCGUAAAUCCUACGCAAUCUGUCUUUUCCUUUCGUCUCUCAACUAACCACCAAGGCAACCAUAUGAUAACCUCUUUCCCAGCCCCCUCCAACCAUCCAUCAACAGACUCACCCAGCGACCGUUGGCGCCUCAAUACAUCUCUCAAUUCAGUUUCUUCCUCUCGUCAUUUCCCAAAGGGUCAUGACCGAAAUGAAAAAAAGGUCCCCCCCAAUUGUCUGCUGUUCGCCGUACGUACAUACAUACAUACAUACAUGGCAAUGACAACUGACGGAGCGUGCGUGUGUGUUCAAAGAUCCAUAUCGUCAGGCGUGAAGCCGGCGUCCGUCGGUCCAUUCAAGAUCAAUCCACCGGAGCUCACAAACCAGUUUGUGAAGUCUAUCCCACGCCAUUACAUUCGUUCGUUAUAUUUUGUAAUCAGAGAUGUUGCUUUUAUCUUCUGUACAUGCAUAAUCUUUAGUUGUACAUCAUAUACAUUAUACACUUGCCUACUUAAACUCUUCCUACGCCUCCCUCCCUGA